UCCUGCAGUUGCUCCUUCGAUUUCAAAGAGGCAGGACGCGACUAUGCUGGUGCUGUGGACCCUGACGUUGGGGUCCCUGCUGGUGCUGAACGGCGGCUACGCUGUGAAGGACGGCUGCGUCGUGCAGGACUCUCUGGACUUUGAAGACCUCGCAGUUGGAUCUGUCAGGUUCAAAGCCUACGUUCCUCCGAGCGGCAGCAUCUUCAAGGUCAAGCUGACGUGCGACGGCGACUGGCACAGCGACUCGUUUAAUGUGUCCAGUAACAACGUCACGAUGAAGAGCUUUCACGAUGACAACUUGAACUCCACGGUGAUGCCAGCACCGCCAGCUGAAGAGGGAUGGACGGACCUUGAGCUGAAAUUCAGCGACACUUACGAGCUGCUCGAUGGCCAAGGCCAGUCGUGGAUCGGCAAGGAAAUUUCUCCCAAAUGCAAGUUGAAGAAAGUAAAGGUAAGCGAUGGGAGGUUCGCCAAACACUGCCCUGAAGGGACGCUGAAGUGGGAGGUCGAGGGGGAGAAGUGUGCCUUCGUGCCUCUCCCUCACUCCUCCGAGAAUCACCACACGCUGAAUCUCACGCUGAUGUCCAAGGACAACUUCAAGCCCGUUUUCCACCUCGGAGGCGUCGAAGUUGAGCUGGGCAUGAGGGAGGGCUCUGUGGUGGCUGCAGGGGAAGGCAAUUCCCCGCUGAAGCCACCGACGCAGAGGAUCCGCCUUGGCCUUAAAAGGCGUGGAAAUAACACUUCCUUUACGAUGACAACACGCGAGCCUUUGCCCAGCUUCCUGUACCAGGCGGUCCUUGCAAGUGAGACCCGACAUAUGAAUGUCUGUGAAGCGAACGACGGGAAGUUCAUACUGACAGCGACCCUGGAGGAGAAGGCAGGAGGUGCCAUAGGUUCCGAAACUGCCGGAGGUGCAGUAGCUGCUGCGGGAGUUUUCAUAAAGUAUAUAUAUAAUGCUGGAGAUUUACUUGUGUAUGCAUGUGUAUAGCGGGAGGCUCGUGUGAUUAGAAUUCCUCGACAGUCAUAAGUAUUUGCAAAUACCAUUAUGAGUAAUGUUACUCUUAUCGAUAUGGUAAUUCAAACGCUACUUAAUAUUAACAACAAUUUCAUUAUUAAAUGAUCGUUAUUAGCAUCUCUAUCAUUAUCGUGAAAAUAGAAAACGGGAUGGCUUAGUAGGAGACCUCGCGCGUUGUUCGUCGAGCGUCCUGUCAUUGUACAUUCAGCCUCCCCCUCACCCCCCUUUGCUUAUUCCUUGCCGCCCGCACGU